GCUCCAUCUUCCUGCGCUCCCUCCCUCUUCCCUUCGAUUCUACCCUAUAUACUGCUUGUCUGCCACAAACUCACCAUGGCAGACAAGAAACCCUCCUCAGUAACCACCCAAACCAACCCGCGCGGCAUCCCCGCAGCCCCCUUCGUCGACAAUGUCGCCGACUACGUUUCCUCGCGGGAGGAAGUCGAGCCCACGUUGCGCUCAUUCCAGGAGAUGAUCUCCAAGUAUCAGUUCAUGGAGGUGAACACGCAGCGGCGCGGGGCGGGUCUGCGCGACAAGAUCCCCGAUAUUAAGAAGACGUUGGAGAUGGUGCGGUUUUUGAAGAUGAGGAGGGAGAACAACUCCACCCCCCUAGAAACCAACUUCGAAUUGAACGAUACGCUGUACGCGCGCGCGAGCGUCUCCCCCGCCGACACGGAGGAAGUGUAUCUCUGGCUGGGAGCGAACGUGAUGCUGGCGUAUCCGAUCGAGGAGGCCGAGACGAUGUUGCAGGAUAAGUUGUCGGCGGCGGAGACGAGUUUGUCGAACUGUGAGGAGGAUUUGGAGUUUUUGCGGGAACAGAUUACGACGCUCGAGGUGGCUACGGCUCGGGUGUACAAUUGGGAUGUUGUGCAGAGACGGAAAGAAAAGGCUGAGGGUAAGGGGGAGGAGGAGAAAUCCGCAUAGCUACGUUAAUAUCAUUGUUGUUAUUUCUCGUCUCUUGUUUUCUUUUUUUUGGUCGCCGACUACCCUUUUGUAUGUAUUUACUGGUCAAAAGCAGGCAGGGAAAUUAAAAGUCUAUGUGAUACCAAUGGAUGUGGA